AUGGAGAGGUCAGUUGACAGUCCAGCGGGUCCAGAUCCCCAGGUCCAUCGCCCUGAGCAGCCACCGAUGGGUGAUGAGUUGUCAACUCAAUCUUCAUCCCAAGGCGUCACGUCCACGCGCGAAACAAAAGCUGCGCGCCAAUCAGCGCCCAAGAAGAAGGCCCGAUGUCGUUAUUUUGGGACUAAGAAAGGAUGCCGUGCCGGCGCCGAGUGCCCGUUCGUUCACGAUGACCCCGGCACCACAAGUUCAGCAGACCAUAGUCCGUCAAACUCCUCAACUAGCACUGCGCAGGACGUAGCAUCUCGUGUAGCCACUGGGGUCCAGAGCCUGUCAUUGAGCGAUAGGACUUCGAAACAAGCCACCAAAGCUCCUCAGGUGGCUCAAAUUCAAAGGCCCGUAUCGAAGGUCGAGAAGAAUGACCCAAGAGAGUUCCAAAUAAACCAGUUGCGGAGAAGAUUUCGUCCUGAAGAGACAGCAGAUGACAAUGGCACUAUCUUGAGCUUUGGAAUGGCCCCUUCGGACCCGGACUUUCCCUUCGAGCUCGACAGCCUUCAGUGCGUCUUGCAUGUGCCACGUCUGUAUCCCGAAACGGGGCGGGGGUUUGACGAUAUAGUCGACUUCGCAUUGCGUACGAAUGGUCGCGGAACGCUGCUCAGUUGGCUCAAUAGCCUAGAUCGACAGCUAGAAAAGCUGCUGACGAGUUUGGACAGGGGCCCGAAGCUUACUUUCGUGGCCAAUGCUGGCAAUCCGGGGCCUGCCAGGCAACCAGCUGCCAUUGGAAAGCAAACCCAGACUCAAGUUGUAACGCCCCAGGCAAUGGCAGCAGCCCCCCAAGCUACUGUGGCUACACCUUCACCGCAGCCCCUUGUCCGGCAACCCAUUUUCACCACCGAGCAAAAAGCACAGGCUGAAAAGCGAAGAUCAACAGAGACUAAGCAGCUCGAAGCUCGUCUCGGUAGACUUCCAUUGUUUCAAAAGCGCUCAGAAGGCUCGUUCAUUAUCCCCAUACAGCCCGCCAAGCAGGAUCGCCUUCCAAAGUCCCUGCAGACACUGAAGACAGUCAAGCUGUCAAUCCCUCUGCUAUACCCAUUACAUCAAAGCUACAUCGAGAUCCAAGGUAUCGACAGCCCAGAAGCCAGGUCUGUAGAGACAGGGUUUGCCCAAUGGGUUGAGAGAAACUCCCAGUUGAAUUUGGUCUCCCAGAUAAAUUAUCUGGCCAGCAAUCUUCACAACUUCGCUAAAACCCCCCUCCCGGAAAUUGCCGAGCAUUCCCAGCAUGAGCAUACUAUGCCACCAGCCCACGAUACCCCUUUGCCAGAACCAGAGUCUUCCAAGUCCGCCGAUGUAAACCAAGACAAGCCUCAUUUGCAUGUUAUUCCACGUCCGCCCGAGUGGUCUCUGCCCGAACAGAGCGAGAGUGAAGUGACCGACGAAUCAAGCUACCACACUUCCGAAGAGGAACCUUCUGACGAGGAAUCUGUUGAGGGCGGUGCCCCUGUCCCUGCAAUUCUUGACACCCCCGGGCGCGGAGUCGCUCUUUCAUUCCCAUUCAUGGAAUUGUACGGGAUUGAGCUCUUGGAAGUACUCUUCCUUGCUGUCACGAUAAAAUGUGAGCGUUGCAAGGAAUCGACGGACAUCAAGAAUGUCCCUCAGAUCACCGAACAAAGUCAAACUCUCAAAAUCGAGUCGUGCAGGAAAUGUGCCAACGCAAUGAGCAUAGGAUUCCGAAAGCAGCUGAUGCACUCUCAUGCCAACCGGGCAGGGUAUUUGGACCUAGGAGGUUGCAUUGUUGUAACUGACCUGGUUAACAGCAACUUUCUUCCCACGUGCUCUGAAUGCUCAACACCGUACCCCUCGCCUGGGGUAUCGUCUGUUCGUGGAGAAAGUACCAUGGCUAUAUGUCGCCACUGCCAUAGAAAAAUGGGUAAGCUCUAUAUGCCUUAUUCUAAUACAACCGAACAGCUGAUUGAGCCCUGUCUAGUUUUCAAGCUUCCCGAGGUUAAGUUUUUGGUCGUCGAUAAUGCUACAGAGAGGCCCUCGGAAUUGUCGCCGGUCAAGAACUUCCACGACGUGGUCGCUGCCAACACUACGGAAAGAGCUAUCGUUGGUUCAGAUUUGGUUGUUGUUCCAAAGUUUUCCCAUGCGAUAAAGCAGAUCUACCGACCUGAAGGUUGCGGAAUCUGUAAGGCUACUCUGGUCGGGAAAGCCGGGAGCGGCUUCUGGGAGGGUGGAAAAGGCACCAGGAACCGGGCCUUGAUGAGCCGAAAGGAUCCUCGGAAGUACAAACGACGAGGAGGCACGGUGCCAGGGGGCUCAAGCUCGUCCAAGCGGAAAUAG